AUGCCUUCAACUUUCGAUCACCUAGAUCCGUCCAAGAAGGGGAAGCCCAUCAAAUCCGCUUACGAUAGUGAAACAUUUGAUGCUAACGUCACCAUCCAUGUCGAUGGUCUUGUUGGAUCAGCUACUAUAUCGCCAUGUGGCCGCGAUGUAGCCCUUGCUUCCCCUGAAGGUCUGGCCAUCAUCGACCUUGAUUCCCCUUAUAGCCCUCCGCGUCGGCUAAGUAGCCAUGGACUACCGUGGCUCGUCGUUGAUGUGCAGUGGUCACCUUUUGCAGCUCGAGAUUACUGGGUAGCUUCGACAGCGAACCAUCGUUGCUUAGUUUGGAAUUUGAACCUAAGAGAAGACUCUGCUACCGGUGCUAUCGAGCAUUCCCUCCAGGGUCAUAGUAGGGCUAUCACCGAUGUUAACUUCUCCGCUCACCACCCCGAUAUUCUCGCCACCUGCGCAGUUGAUGGUUUUGUGCAUUGCUGGGACUUGCGGAGACCCAAGCAACCCGUCUUGACUUUUAGCGAUUGGUUUGCUGGGGCUACUCAAGUCAAAUACAAUCGACAGGACCCCCACGUGCUCGCUUCAUCCCACGACAGAUGGCUACACAUCUGGGAUGAAAGGAAACCCUCCGCCCCUCUCAAGUCCAUCAGCGCCCACACUUCCAAGAUCUACGGCCUUGAUUGGAAUCGUUCUAAGUCGACAAAAAUUGUCACCUGCUCCUUGGACAAGAGCAUCAAAUUCUGGGAUUAUAAUGAGUCUGAUGAUCCGGAGCGGAUUAUUAGGACCGAUUUCCCUGUUUGGCGCGCUCGCCAUGCCCCUUUCGGCUGGGGUAUGUUAGCCAUGCCUCAAAACGACCCUGGAAACCUUUACUUGUACGAUAUCCGCCGUGCUGAAGGGGUACCUGUAGACGGCGCAGUCAAUCCACACAAUAUAUUUCCUGGGCAUGGAAACCAUAAGGUCAAGGAGUUUUUAUGGAGAUGUCGUGGAACAAUCUCCGAUGAAGGGAUAGAUAAUCGUGAAUUCCAACUUGUAUCAUGGGGCGAAGACAACGAGUUACGUCUUCACAGAGUCGACCAGCCGACUUUGGAGUCUAUUGGCCAUGUGAAAGGCGGACCGGCCCCGGAUAUCAACAUUACGAGAAAGGGAGCCGCAUAUAAGACUUACCGAGCCAUUGAUGAUCAUGCAACCAGGGAGAAAAGGACACCUACUAUGAGCGACCCUCGUCCUGGAAGCGGAGGAAGCCAUCUCCCUCGCAGUGCUCUCACCAUGGGAAUGCAGACCAUGUCAUCACAUUACCCGCACUCUGGCGGCGGACUCCCGGGCUGGAAGGGGCCGUCUAUGAAAGCGAAGUCUUCCGCCGGGAGAAUAAUCGAUAGAAGCCUGGAUCAGCUUGGUUGGAUGAAAGGUAUCACAAUGAGCAAGAAAUCAGGAAUCAUCGGACCGCCUCAAAGAAAAGAGUCCAGAGACUCCACCAUGUUUGGACAUAACUUCCAUGACGAGCAUUGGGGGGAACCCGAAACGCUGCAGGAAGAAAUUGUUCGUGUCAGCCAGCAGAUGCCGAAUGUCAAAUUUGAUAACGUGGAUAUGGAUGCUCUAACUCUAAAGGCGUCCCUUAAAGGCCCCUGGGGCGCAGAAGGCGAUACUAUUUAUAUCAAAGUCACGGCGGACAUCCCCAGGAAUUAUCCAAAAUCAAGAUCACCGAAAUUCAUCGUCGAGAAGACAGCAUUGAUGUCAGACCAGACGCAUAAGAAAAUUGAUCAGGAAAUCCAUCAAUUAGUAGGCCAGUUCUCGAAAAAGCGACAGAAUUGCCUCGAGGUUGCUUUUAGCUACCUUCUUGGAGAAGUCGAUCUCUCUAGUAGUGAUUCGCUCUUUAAGAAUGUUAAGGACCUCGAUGAUGAUUUAGGUGGACUCGCCGAUGAAAGCUCAAGCGAAGAGGAAGAUAACGACAUUCCCGCCGGCGGCUCUGCAACCAUGUCUCAAGAAUUGACCGCGAGUACCGAGUUAGACGCUACACUUGCACCAACAAAUCGAAAUAUCAUACCGCCAAUGCCACGAUUGUGCGGUUGUCGAUUUUCGAAUGAUGGAAAAUUGGUCUGUUUCUUCCCAACCAAGGAAGAGAAGGCUAGGGUUUCAUUUUUCGCCACUAGUGACACUUAUAGGGAGCGUCCGAAAGGGGAGCCCAGUUUUGCAGGGUUUGGCAGACUUCAACAGGAGUCCUCAGCUCCGAGAAAUAGGUACACCAAUGACGACAUUUCCGCAACCGAUGACCAAUCCGAGUCGGACGAGGGAGAGGAGUCCUCUAGCUCGAGUGACUCGGAAACUACAUAUAUGCACAAAAUCAACAUGUGGUAUCUACCAGGACGACGUUUCAGGAAGACGUUUAGUGGAAGCUAUUCCAUGCACUCGAGUGGUGGAGGAACCGGUAUUGGCACGGGUACUGGUACUGGUACUAGUAGGCGUCGUCCAGGUAAACCCAAAAACAUCAUAUCCAUCUAUAAUGUUGCAAACGAACUCCCUUCCAAGCAAGAGUUUGCUCGCGAAUACUGUAUCUUUGGAGAUGGCCCGGAUAAAUAUGGUCGGCCCGACCUAGUGGAUGUUUGGAACUAUGCGGCUUUAUUGCUUCGCAAGGAUAUUCCCCUUGAGCUCCUCGGGGACGGCCACGGAAAAGAGUCGAUACUUGUCAUCGCUAGAGACGCAAUUGCUCGCUUUGGUGACAAUAAGCCACCAUCUAAUAGCUCGGACACUGCGCUCACAGGCCGGGUUAAGUGGGGACACCAUCCCCUCGCAAAGGAUUUGAUUGAUGACCUUUUCUACUAUUUCGAGAAGAUUGCCGAUGUACAAAUGCUUGCUAUGCUUUCAUGCAUAUUUAGCGAGUCGACGACCGAAGAUAGCGUUGCCUAUGCAGAAUCCCAUCUCACUCAACCGGAAACACCGCUUCCAAUGAAAGCACCGGCGUUCUCACUAGAUUAUUUCCCCACGGACCAUUCGCUCUGGCAUCCUGGGUUUAACCACAAGAGCCAGGCAAACUCAGCAAUGUCUACCCCGAAGACUUUACAUACGCCUAUUAAUAUUCCUGGUUCGUACGGAUCUAUUGAAGAAGGGACAUGGGGCGGUGAUCCGAAAUCUAACUCUUACUCCUGUGGAGAGACACCCCCGCCGACAACGCCACGAGAACCGGACGGUGAUCCAACUCAGAGCUUGGCCACGUCACCUGAUAACAGGUUGUUAAGUCGUGCUAAUAGUGCCUUAACUGCGGGCCUAGCUAGUUAUUCUAGAGCUUUCCAGAGUGUUGCAUCGACGUCUCCCCCUAGCCGGAAACGCCCAAGUCCUGGAGAGACAUUCCUUUCCAACCUUGCUCCCACUAACAUCACAUGGGGCGGCUCGACUAUUCUUGGUCCUACGUCUGAGCCGUCAGGCACCGCACGUAACUCGUACUCCGACGACGAGUCGCGGAACGAUGACAAUCUGCCAUUGCUGUGCUAUGCCAUAUCUACGGAACUGGAGGACCAAUCCAUAUUCGAUGAUGAUGGCUGGCUUGGUGUCCCCUUCCUCGAGCCUUCCCGCUACGCUAUACACGCAAGUUAUCGUCAUGCAUACGCGGAGAUGCUACAAAUGUGGGGCCAACCUUUGUCUCGGCUUGAGAUCUUGAAAUUUAACGUUCUCAGAGAAGACCCUUCCGCCCCUGAAGUACCCAACUUUCCGGCUUCUGGAGCUGUCAGCUUCCGCGAUUCAUACCAUAGCACGGAGAAUCUGAGCCACAGCUCACGAUCACACGGGGCCACCUCACCUAUUGUCUUAGGCAAGAAGGAGCUCUUGCAGUCGCUGAUCUCGUCUGACCGCGGGAUCGACGUAACAGGUAUUUGUCGAGUUCACGAGACUCAUCUUGAUCCUGUGAGACAAACCCACGCUAGCGCGACAUUCGGGGGCGCAGUAGGUACUUGUGAACGCUGCAAGCGUACACAGAUGCAACUAUUCUGCGUGUACUGCAACGAGCCGAUCGAUGCACUUUACCCCCCUUGCCUCUCCUGCGGCUGUGCUUGCCACGAUGCUUGUAUGGCGGAAUGGCACGAGGCGGGCGAAACCGAGUGUCCUGCCGGCGACGAAUGCGACUGUGUCCAAGAAGCGAAUAACGGUCAAGUUGAGACGUGGGCCGCCAUGAUCGGGGCUCUCCGUCAAGGCAAGAUUCGCAAGCCUUCGGACGGCGACGUAGAGAGUUGGCGGGCAACCGACAAACGCCACUCGAUCGGGCACCUCGACUGGGAGAACAUAGCCAGCGGCGCUUAUAUACCGCUCGCGGACGGGCAGGGGAAGCCGCUCCUAGAUCAGUCGCAGCAAUUCCAGAACCCGAUGUCGGCUGCUAGGAUCAGCCUUGGGAAUAAACUUAGGAAGUCGGCAGGUAACUGGGGGAGCACGACAUCGUUGAGGAAAAAAUCAGGGGGUUCGGGACCGAAUGGUCGGAGGUGA